AUGGCGCAAAUACUGGCAGACCUGUUCUAUUCGUUUGGCAAUUGCCUGAAUUGCUUCCCGGGCUCGCCCACGCUCAAGAUCAACAACCGGAGCUUCAAGAUCCAGCGGCUGCUCGGCGAGGGCGGCUUCUCCUACGUCUACCUCGUCGAGGACACGUCCACCCACGAGCUCUUCGCCCUCAAGAAGAUCCGCUGCCCCUUUGGCGCCGAGUCCGUCCAGCAGGCCAUGCGCGAGGUCGACGCCUACCGCCUCUUCGACCACGUCCCGACCAUCAUCUCCGCCUACGACCACUGCGUCGCGACCGACCGCGGCUCUGGCGGUGGUGGCGACGACGACGCCAGCAAGACCGUCUACGUCCUGCUGCCGUACUACCGCCGCGGCAACCUCCAGGACAUGAUCAACGCCAACCUCGUCAACCACGGCCGCUUUCCCGAGCGGCACCUCAUGAUGCUGUUUCUCGGCGUGUGCAAGGCCCUGCGCGCCAUGCACGAGUACCAGCCUGCGCCUGCGGAGCGCAUGCAGAUGGGCCGCGAGGAGGACCAGGAUCAUGACGACACGACGGCGGGGGCGGCAAGCGGAGGAUCGCGGAGCGGGCGCAAGAUGGGAACCCGGGGGAAGCGCACAGAGGAGCAGGAGCAGGGCGAGCAGGAGAGGCCGCUGAUGGAGCAGGGCAGCCGGCUCGAGGGCGAGUCUGGCGGCAAGAUCAAGUCCUAUGCGCACCGAGACAUCAAGCCAGGCAACAUCAUGAUCGACGACUCCGGCUCCAUCCCCAUCCUCAUGGACCUCGGCUCCGUCGCCCCCUCCCCCAUCCCCGUAACCUCCCAGUCCCUCGCCCUCCAGAUCCAGGACCAGGCCGCCGAGCACUCCACCAUGCCCUACCGCGCCCCCGAGCUCUUCGACGUCCGCACCGGCUCCGUCAUCGACACGAAAACCGACAUCUGGUCCCUCGGCUGCACCCUCUACGCCUGCCUCGUCGGAAAAUCCCCCUUUGAGCUGCGAUCCGACGAGACUGGCGGCACCCUCAGCCUCUGCGUCCUCGGCGGCGACUGGCGCUUUCCCGACGAGAACCCCGGCGGCGGCAAGGCCAAGCGCACAAACACCAUCCAGGCGGCAAAGGCAAAGGCCAGCGCCGCCGCCGGUGAGUCCGGCGGCCCCGGCGGCGGGUCGUCUGGGGACGUGGCCAUUAGCGAGCCCAUUCGGAACCUCGUCCGGGCUUGUCUCAAGGUUGAGCCCGCUGAGCGGCCGGACAUUAACGAGCUCAUUACCAUGGUCGAGCAGGUCAUUGACGAGCUUCCCGAGGGCGACUUCACAUCAUGA